AUGACCGUUUCAUAUAUCCUUAAACAAGUCGAUUCCCCAGAAGAUCUUACCGCUGCCGGUAGAAUUCAGCAUGGCCAAUGGUAUAAUCAAAUUUCUUUUGACAAAUUUAAUGAUAAAGUCAAGUUCAUUAGCAGCACUUAUAGUAAACCCUUAGACUCAACUCAAUGGGUUCUUCUUGAUUCGGAAACCCCCACCAAGGACAAUGGCCAACUCAAUAUCCUUUCAUCAUUAGUUCUCUUUCCUCGUCCGGUGACUGUUGUAGAAAAGGGCAAAGCUCCUCAGGAAGUAAUCUCUCCAUCAAUCAUGGCAGUAGUCACUCCCCCAGAGUAUCGUGGCAAAGGCUAUGCAUCUCACUUAUUACGAGAAAUUACCAAAAUCAUUGACCAACAAGCAAAAGACAACAAAGUUAAUUUUUCUACUUUAUGGUCAGAAGUUGGCGAAUACUAUUCGGCCUUUGGAUACAAAUCUCUUACUCCCGAAGAGCUUUACAUUGACUUGUCGGAAGCCGCACCCGUCGAAAGUACAUUUUACACGGACCUUGACGAGUUUUCUUGGCUCGGGACAGCCGAUUUUGAAAACCUUGCACAAGUUGACAAAACUAAAUUGAUUAAAGAAAUGAUAACCGCCACAGAAGGAGAUGGUAUUACACGUGUGGCCAUCAACCCUGAUGCUGACUUUUUCCGUUUUUUCUGGGGCUCCUCGACAUUUGAUGCCCACACAACGUACCCGGAAAUAAUACCCGCUCUCCCUGUUAUCGGUGAAAUUGACGAUGAAUAUUUCCCGUUAAAAACUGGAGCCCGCUAUGGGCCUGUCUAUAUUAUUUGGGAAAUUAAUUUUGGCAGUGAUACUGUCCGUGUCGUGCGCAUUCACAUCGAUGAUACCUCUACUCUUACCAGCCAAGAGUUGGCAAAUCAUCUUGCUGUUCUAUUGGGGGCUGCUGUCUCUCAAGCUUUUAAAUGGAAGCUUUCUUCGGUGACAUUUUGGAAAGGCGAUACACCAGUGGGCUCUGGCACUGAUUUUACGCUUGAAGAUGUUAAGGUUGCUUUCAAUGCCGCCAAUGCAGAAAAGGAACGGGCUGCUGAAGCAGCAGUUGUUGUUCGCAAGCUGACUGUCCCAAUGAUUAGAAUUUCAAACGAGUAUAAUAAAACACCUGUUGAAUGGCAUUCUCCCGGUUAUUAUCCCUGGCGUUAA